AUGGCCACCACUCCAGCACCCAACCCCCGCGCCUCCCUCCUCUCCGGUCUUCGCACAGGAGGCGUCCGCUCCACCUCCGGGCCCACCCACAACUUCCCCCACUCCGCUGCCCCCGGCGCGUCCUUCAACGUCACCCGCUUCGCCUCCCAGGCCUACAACAACAACAGCAACAGCUACUACCCCGAUGAGUCCGACGAUCUCGCCGACAUGCUUACCCAGAACAUGUACAUCCAGUCCGCUGCCCCGAGAAUGCAUCAGCCCCCGAUGACCGCUGCCGUCGAUGGCAUCAACAGAUUCUCCCAGCAGCAGUACUCGAGGGCGAUGCCCAACACGAUCGGGAUGCAGCAGGCGGCAGAGGCCCAGAGGCAGGCACAGCAAGCUCAGGCUCAGGCUCAGGCUCAGCAGCAGGCCUUGCAGAUGCAGAUGCUCCAGCUGGAGAUGAUGCGGUUGCAGGCUCUGCAGAAUCAGCAGUACCAGGCCGAGCUCCUCGCUCAGGCUCAACGCCAGCAGCAGCAGCAGCAGCAGCAACAACAGCAACAGCAGAGCGUUCGCAACUAUGCCAACCCUCCCGCUACCGCAGGGCCCACUUCCUCCUUCGAUAUUCGGUCCGCUGCGAUGAACGCUCAACUUCGUCGCGCCAACCAGGCAGAUCAGCUCAGGACUCAGAUGUUUAUGGAUAUUUGUGGCAGAGACUGA